AUCCAUAAUGGAUGUUUUAAAACAUAAAAGUUUUCUAGAAGAGCUGUUGUUUUGGACAAUAAAGUAUGAAUUUCCUCAGAAGAUGGUAACUUUCUUACUCAACAUGCUUCCAGAUCAAGAAUAUAAGGUCGCUUUUACAAAAACUUUUGUUCAGCAUUAUGCUUUCAUUAUGAAAACACUGAAGAAAAGUCAUGAAUCAGAUACAAUGUCCAACAGAAUUGUGCAUAUCAGUGUUCAGUUGUUUAGCAAUGAGGAACUAGCCAGACAGGUGACAGAAGAAUGUCAGCUGCUGGAUAUUAUGGUCACUGUGCUAUUGUACAUGAUGGAAAGUUGCCUUAUUAAAAGUGAGCUGCAAGAUGAAGAAAAUAGUUUACAUGUGGUGGUGAAUUGUGGAGAAGCAUUACUGAAGAAUAACACUUACUGGCCUCUUGUUAGUGAUUUUAUUAAUAUUCUUUCUCAUCAAAGUGUGGCUAAGAGAUUUUUGGAGGACCAUGGUUUGUUGGUUACAUGGAUGAAUUUUGUGUCUUUCUUUCAAGGUAUGAACUUAAACAAGCGAGAGCUAAAUGAACACGUGGAGUUUGAGUCUCAGACAUACUAUGCUGCCUUUGCAGCUGAACUCGAGGCCUGUGCUCAGCCAAUGUGGGGACUCUUAUCACACUGUAAAGUCAGGGAAACUCAAGAAUAUACCCGAAAUGUUGUAAGGUAUUGCCUUGAAGCGCUUCAAGACUGGUUUGAUGCUAUUAAUUUUGUAGAUGAGCCAGCACCAAACCAAGUCACUUUUCAUCUGCCCCUACAUCGUUACUAUGCCAUGUUUUUGAGUAAGGCUGUGAAAUGUCAAGAAUUAGAUCUGGAUUCUGUUUUACCAGAUCAGGAAAUGUUAAUGAAAUUAAUGAUUCACCCACUCCAAAUUCAAGCAAGUCUUGCUGAAAUCCACAGCAAUAUGUGGGUAAGAAAUGGUUUGCAAAUCAAAGGACAAGCUAUGACCUACGUCCAGUCUCAUUUCUGUAAUUCUAUGAUUGAUCCUGACAUUUACCUAUUACAGGUUUGUGCUUCUAGACUUGACCCAGAUUAUUUUAUAUCAUCUGUCUUUGAAAGAUUUAAAGUAGUAGAUUUAUUGACAAUGGCAUCACAACAUCAAAAUACAGUACUGGAUGCGGAGCAUGAAAGAUCCAUGUUAGAAGGCGCUCUUACGUUCCUUGUGAUUCUUUUGAGUCUUCGUUUACAUUUAGGAAUGUCUGAUGAUGAGAUUCUCAGGGCUGAGAUGGUAGCCCAGCUCUGUAUGAAUGACAGGACACAUAGCUCAUUGCUGGACCUUAUUCCAGAGAAUCCCAACCCCAAAAGUGGCAUCAUUCCAGGAAGUUAUAGCUUUGAGUCAGUUUUAUCAGCUGUCGCUGAUUUUAAGGCUCCUGUUUUUGAACCUGGAGGUUCAAUGCAACAAGGCAUGUAUACUCCUAAAGCUGAAGUCUGGGAUCAGGAGUUUGAUCCUGUCAUGGUCAUUCUUCGAACAGUUUACCGUAGAGAUGUGCAGUCUGCAAUGGACAGAUAUACAGCAUUUUUGAAACAGAGUGGAAAGUUUCCCGGAAAUCCCUGGCCUCCUUAUAAGAAAAGGACAUCACUUCAUCCUAGCUAUAAAGGUCUCAUGAGACUUUUGCACUGUAAAACUUUACACAUUGUGCUAUUCACUCUACUUUACAAGAUUUUGAUGGAUCAUCAAAAUCUGUCAGAACAUGUACUCUGCAUGGUCUUGUAUCUGAUUGAAUUAGGACUUGAAAAUUCUGCUGAGGAUGAAUCAGAUGAAGAGGUAUCAGUGGCUGGACCAGAACGUUGUCAUGACAGUUGGUUUCCUGGGAGUAACUUAGUAUCAAAUAUGCGGCACUUUAUAAACUAUGUCAGAGUGAGAGUUCCAGAGACUGCUCCUGAAGUGAAGAGAGACCCACCUGCAAGUACAAGCUCUGAUAGUUUGGGCUCAUUACAACGUUCACGACCACCUAAAGUUCUUCAAAGAGAGAAUUCUGGCACAGCUCAAGUUUUCAGCUUAGUAGCAGAGCGCAGAAAGAAAUUUCAGGAGAUCAUCAAUCGCAGUACCAGUGAAGCAAAUCAGGUGGUUCGUCCCAAAACUUCAAGUAAAUGGUCUGUUCCUGGUUCAGCUCCCCAGUUAACAACAGCCAUUUUGGAAAUUAAAGAAAGUAUAUUGUCUUUGCUUAUUAAACUUCACCACAAACUCUCAGGAAAACAAAACUCCUAUUAUCCUCCAUGGCUUGAUGACAUUGAAGUUUUAAUUCAACCAGAAAUUCCUAAAUACAGUCAUGGAGAUGGUAUAACUGCAGUAGAAAGAAUUUUACUGAAAGCUGCAUUGCAAAGCAGAAUGAACAAACGCAUCAUUGAAGAGAUAUGCAGAAAAGUGACCCCGCCUGUACCACCCAAAAAAAUCACUGCAGCAGAGAAAAAAACUCUGGACAAAGAAGAAAGGCGACAAAAGGCUAGAGAGAGGCAGCAGAAAUUGCUUGCAGAAUUUGCUUCACGACAGAAAAGCUUUAUGGAAACUGCAAUGGAUGUUGAUUCUUCUGAGAAUGACAUUCCUAUGGAAAUCGCCACAGCAGAACCACAAGUUUCUGAGGCAAUAUAUGACUGUGUUAUAUGUGGACAGAGUGGCCCUUCCUCUGAAGACCGACCUACUGGGCUGGUUGUACUAUUGCAAGCAUCCUCAGUUUUAGGGCAGUGCCGUGAUAAUGUUGAGCCUAAAAAGUUGCCAAUCACUGAAGAAGAGCAGAUUUACCCUUGGGACACAUGUGCAGCCGUUCAUGAUGUGAGGCUUUCAUUGUUACAGCGUUAUUUUAAGGAUAGUUCUUGUCUUUUGGCUGUAUCAAUUGGCUGGGAAGGAGGUGUUUAUGUACAAACCUGUGGCCACACCUUACAUAUAGAUUGUCAUAAAUCUUACAUGGAAUCAUUACGGAAUGAUCAGGUUCUUCAAGGCUUCUCAGUGGACAAAGGAGAGUUCACCUGUCCUCUCUGUAGGCAGUUUGCUAACAGUGUUCUUCCUUGUUAUCCUGGGAGCAAUGUGGAAAAUAACCUUUGGCAACGUGCUAAUAACAGAAGCAUAAAAGAUCUCAUAAAGGAGGUGGAGGAGCUGCAGGGACGGCCCGGAGCUUUCCCAUCAGAAACCAACUUAAGUAAGGAAAUGGAAUCUGUAAUGAAAGAUAUAAAAAAUACAACUCAGAAGAAAUAUAGAGACUAUAGCAAGACUCCAGGCUCACCAGACAAUGAUUUUCUUUUUAUGUAUUCUGUUGCUAGAACCAAUUUGGAACUUGAAUUGAUUCAUAGAGGAGGCAAUUUGUGUUCUGGUGGUGCAAGUACAGCUGGAAAAAGGUCUUGUUUAAAUCAGCUGUUCCAUGUAUUAGCCUUACAUAUGCGGCUUUAUAGCAUUGACUCCGAAUAUAAUCCCUGGAAAAAGCUCACCCAGUUAGUAGAAGAUAUGAAUUCACAGUUGGGAAAUGAAGAACAUCAGCCAGAAGUUCCAAUUCUUUAUCAUGAUGUAACGUCUCUGUUGCUCAUCCAGAUCUUAAUGAUGCCACAACCCUUACGCAAAGAACACUUUACCUGCAUUGUGAAGGUACUUUUCACCCUACUGUAUACACAGGCUCUUGCAGCACUUUCAGUUAAAUGCAGUGAGGAAGAUAGGUCAGCCUGGAAACAUGUGGGAGCUCUCAAAAAGAAUAUGUGUGAUGCUGAAAAGUCUUAUGAAGUGUUAUUGAGUUUUGUUAUAAGUGAACUAUCUAAAGGAAAGUUAUACCAUGAAGAAGGGACUCAAGAAUGUACAAUGGUUAGUCCUACUGCUUGGUCACCUGAAUCCAUGGAGAAAUACUUACAAGACUUCUGCUUACCUUUCCUUAGAAUCACCAGCCUUCUUCAGCACCACCUUUUUGGGGAAGAUUUACCUAGUUGCCAGGAAGAAGAAGAAUUUUCAGUUCUUGCUAGCUGCCUGGGACUUCUGCCAACAUUUUACCAAACAGAACAUCCAUUCAUCAGUGCCUCCUGUCUGGAUUGGCCAGUUCCAGCAUUUGAUAUUAUAACUCAGUGGUGUUUUGAGAUGAAAUCAUUUACUGAAAGACAUGCAGAACAAGGAAAGGCCUUGCUUAUCCAAGAGUCAAGAUGGAAGUUACCACACCUAUUACAGUUGCCUGAAAAUUACAAUACCAUUUUCCAGUACUACCACAGAAAAACCUGUAGUGUCUGCACCAAGGUUCCUAAGGACCCUGCUGUUUGCCUUGUUUGUGGUACUUUUGUGUGCCUGAAAGGACUUUGCUGCAAGCAACAAAGUUAUUGUGAAUGUGUAUUGCAUUCCCAGAAUUGUGGUGCUGGAACAGGGAUCUUCCUUUUGAUCAAUGCAUCAGUGAUUAUCAUUAUUCGAGGUCACCGCUUCUGCCUCUGGGGUUCCGUUUAUUUGGAUGCUCAUGGAGAAGAAGACCGGGAUCUUAGGCGAGGCAAGCCUCUCUACAUUUGUAAGGAAAGAUACAAAGUUCUUGAACAACAGUGGAUUUCUCAUACUUUUGAUCACAUCAAUAAAAGAUGGGGUCCACAUUAUAAUGGACUAUGACUUAUCACCUCAGCAUUUCAUCGUAUCAUCAUUUUCAUUAGGAAUUUAUUUUAUCAACAAUAAGCUUUAACUUAAUUUAGAGGAUUAAUGCUUUUGCUGAAGGAAAAAAAGAAAACAUACAUUAUGAAGCCUUUUCAAAAUUAGGUGCUUGGUAAUUACAUUAAUGGUAUAAUGAUUUUUUUAAAGUGUCUGGAAAAUUUAACAAUUAAGUUCAAAUCAUUCUUCAGUGGUCAUUUUUUUAAGUGCACAAUUAAUAAAAAGCACAAUGUGUUCACAAAAUCAUUGAGAAACAGUUCUCCCAACAAUGCAUAUCAGCUAUUUAUUGACACUUAGAGUGGGUGUGAUUUAUUUGAAGUUUUACUGCUUCUAUGUUUUAAUUUGCAUCUCCUCAACAUAAUGCAUCCUUUUUCUCUACCAUUCUUGUGUUGAUUUGAGAUUUUUGCUGUAUGUAAUUAGAAAAAUAUGUAAAACAUGAUUUAUGUGAAAUAUUGUAUAGUAAAAGUUGGUCUAAUAGUAGAAUUUUAAAAAUUUUUCUUAUUGUGAGGAUCUGUUAAAAGUUUAAGGCUUUGCUGAAAACUUAAUCCAUUCUCAGGAAUUUCAUAAAUAUUUUCCCCAGGUAAAUAAUUGAAAUAUCUGUAAAAUAAGUAGAUAGCUGCUGUUAAUAUAAUACAGUACCUUUGGGGGAGUAUAUGUGUGGUUGGGAAAUACUUAAAAGUUAGAGUUUUGGGGUUGCAGAUGUAGCUCAGUGGAGAGUGCUUGCCUACCAUGCACAAGGCACUGGGUUUGAUCUUAAGAACCAAAAAAGAAUCAAAAUUAUUAAAACUUACCAUUUCAUUAGGGUGAAUUAUUGCAAGUAAUAAUAAAUACAUUUUUACUAUAAAAUCAAAGUUUUAGAACAUACAUGUGACAGAUUUUGAAUCUGUUCAUGCCUGCCUUUUAUUACUAACAAAAUUUCUGUUUGUGUGAUUGGACUGGAAAUGCUCAUACUUCCUAACAAGUGAACCCUAAGUUUUAGAACUUCUCUGUCAGCUCAGAAGUUCAGCUCUAUUGUAUUCAUGCAGUCUCAUCACUGUUAUUUCUGCUUGGCUUCCUAGAAGGAAAAAGAAAAAAAGUAGUAAUGACUCCUCAUGAAUGAGCCAUGCAUCCACAUUCUUGGAAACCGCUGUGAAAAGCAAUUUAUAUUGUAGGGUUUUUAAAUCAGUAAGAAAGAGAAUGAUUGAACUCAAACCCACUCUAGAAUUAGGAAAGAAAGUUUACAGAAAAGCAUGUUAUAUAUUGCUGCCAAGAUCUUUUUCAAGUGAUUCAGUAAUUUGAUAAUCAUUUCAUACUAGUAUUAUCAAACAAUUUCUGGUAGUUUGGACUUCCAUGGCUUGUUAUAUAUAAUUACUUUUUUACAUGUAAGAAUAAGAAAUGUCUGAUAAAAUAUGAAAAUAACAUUAGAUCCAUGUUGCAAAAUUUCUUAAAUGACAUGACAUUAUAAAAUAUGAAAAUGAACAUUAAAUGAUGGGUUUGCAUUAAAAUAGGGAAAACAGAGCAGUACAUAUUCAAAUGUGUUCAAAACAUCAAAAAUUAGGCAUUCUAUAAAAGAAAAUACAUGGAAAUAGCUUGCUAUUUUUGUAUACAUUUCCAAAAUAUUAAGAUAACUUUCUGUAAUACUAGACUGAUUCUGUUUGACUAAAUCACUGUUCUUCUCAACACAUUGCUACUUUUUAAAUAUUGUAUCAUAAGUUCAGCCUGUCAUAUUUUUUGCAUUGCUCAUUAUGGAUACCAGACCAUUUGUAAGUGUGGUUGAAGAGCAAAGUGCUUAUUUACAUCUCUAGUAAACACUGUUACAGGAUUCAUGAACUUGAAUAAUUCUGCAGUUUGAAACUCUGAUACUAUAUAUACAUGGUAUAAUGUAUUCAGACUUUGAUUACUACAUAUUUAAAAUGGAAUGUUUUAUGGUUGUGCAUAUGGAUGUGAAGUGAAAAUAUUAGCCUUAACUUUAAAAUUUGGGUAUUUGAUAGUGUUUAUUUUGAUAUUGGUGAAUUAGUCACCAGUAAAUUUUGAAAAGGCACUUGGUUGAAAAUUGUACUUGAAUACAUACAUGCAUGCUGCUAAACUAGAACUUUAAUUUUGCCCAUAACUUUUAUAAGUCCCAUUUAUAAGCCCACUUUUAAAAAUAACAGGUCCAAGUUAGAGUGAUGUGUGUAUAUUAUUCAAAAAAUGUACUGGUGUGAUAUCUUGUAUGAAUGAUCAUUUAAAUACAGUACAUUACUGUAGAAACUAAAUCAACCUUUAUAAUUAAGCAGAAAUUAUAAACUAGGAAUAAUCAACAUUGUAAGAUAUGUUAAUAAACACUUACUGUCA